AUGUCGCCUCGAAUUCCGCAGAGUGAAAUCCAGGCUCUGACGAUGGCACGCGAAAGCGAUCGAGAUGCUGGAACCAGAUUUGCUGCAUAUCUUAUGCUCUGUACCAUGCGCAGGGAUUUGUACACCAAGCUCCAGAAAGAAAUUCUUCCGAUUUUUCACUCAUGGUUGGAAGUAAACACACGAAUGGAAAAUAGACAAAUCGGUAUAAACAACGGAGCAAAUGCGUAUCGACAGAUCUCGUCUAUCUGUCCCAAUGGAGAAAGUGUCGAAAUUCACUACGUGUACGGAAUCUGGCUUGAGAAGAACAAGUACAUCAAAGUGGCGGUCCGGCAUCAGCGAAAGGCGUUGAUGAUCGAUUCCAGCUAUCUCCCUUCCAGAAACGCUUUGUUAAGAUGUGCCGGCAAAUUGUGCGACAGCUGGCACAUACUGAUGAUCAACGAUGCUGGGAGGAAUCAUGCUUUUGUCAACGCGCUUAAAUCGAUACUCGUGGAGAAGACGGAACUGGCCUUUGGGCAUCGCCGCUGCCAAGCUAGAUGCAAGCGAAGUAAAAUGCAUCGAGUGCGAUCAGCCCUCGCCGAUCUUUCCUUCGAAAUCGCCAAUAACAACGAAGCCAAAGUCAAAGUCGAGUCAAGGUUAUCAACCUCGAUUGACAAACUCGCAUUGUCUUCCCAAUUCGAUAUUUUGAUAUCAGAGAUUUUCGACUGUGGUCUCCUUGGCGAGAGCGCCAUUGACUCCAUUCUUCAUGCAAAGGAAAAUUUACUGAAACCCGAACAUUCCGUCAUCCCUGCCCGCGCCCGCCUCUACUGCCAGGAGUACUACUCCUUUGAAAUCAAGAAAAAAAGCUUCGCUCUUUUUGGAGAUGAAGCUGAUCGCCCAGAUCGCAUUGUCGCUGCCCCGUUCAUGGCUCGUAAGAAGCCAAAGAGCCCGAACAAGUGGGAACCGUACGAAGGCGAGAAAAUAAACAUGUUGAAAGGAUACGAUCCUGCCUUACUUGGGGAGCGGCAACUUAUGAUGGAAAUCGAUUUUAAUGACGUUGACUCUCUUCGUAAACACCGUGCCCGCGGGUCGGAUGUUCAGCGCCUGAAUGUAAACUUCGCAAACAAAAAGAAACAAAUGAACGCCAUCGUUGUCACCUUCGAACUCGAUCUAACUGAAGAUCGAAAGAUCCAGAUCAGCAACAGUGUGGACUCAAAUGGGUGCUGGGAGCAGGCCGUCUAUCCGAUCUACGGUGAGUGUGAACAACCACUCCAGGCGCUCUUCCGCCUUGAACACGACGCUGCCAUUCUCGAAAAGAUUGGAGAUGAGCCAGACGAUACUCCUUUCUGGGUGCAUUCUAGACUUGUUUACGAGUUUAACUCUGAUCUCCGAAGACAGCACGUUUUCAAACUAUUCGAUGACAACAAGAAAAUCCUGAUCUUGUGCAGCAAUAAGCGAGAAUUCGACAUUCUUUAUGGAGCCAUGCAGACUAAGACGGAAUUAAUCAUCUGCAGCACGAAGUCAGAUACAGUUCAGGCAAUGGAGCGUUUCUCGAUGGACAAGUCCGGAAUUAAAGCUCAAAAUGUUAAUGUGGCGAAAUCGCUCAGCGCCGCUCAAAAACUUCUUCCAAAGGACACUUCCUUAAAUAUGGUCAAGUUGUGUAUUCCGUUCAUGAACGUGAACUCGCACGUCGACUGGGAAAAACUCCAAUCUUAUCUUUCCGGCGAGCUGUUUUCCGGAGUCGAUGAUCUUCUUAGAAAAGAGCUAGAUAAACCAGUCAACGUGAAUUUCUUUUUCCAACUGGUGAAGUCUGCCGAAAUUGAAAAACGCGCCAUCGCAAGCGAUGCUAAUCUUCCAUUGGGUAUGAAGAUGGAAAACGCUAUAAACACCUUCCAAAUGACAAGCUAUCCACUCUAUCCGGAGGUUGAUUGGGACAAGUAUCUUGAGCCGCGAAGUGAAGUUAUCAAUCGAGUUUUCACGCUUGAUUCUCAGUCCAUUACGAAAAGAGGCGUUCAGUUCCGCAACCAAUGUGAGCUUCGACCUGGAGACAUCACCGGAGUAGUUUGGUGGGCGGAAAUAGAGCGAGAUGGGUGGAAAGAACGAACGGCAAGGGAAAUCUAUUUAACGAAAGGAUUCCGUGAAGACAAGAAAGAGACUGAUCAGCCAGAUCCACUCAAACCUAUGUGUGAAGGCUCAUCAGGAAUGAUUUUAGAGCGCCCAAAAGGAGACAGUCAGCCAAAGAACGAAGAAGUUUCUAUCAUCGUCAAAUUUUUAGUCAACUCCUUACCUCACUUAUCUGACAAUAGAGGUGUAACCUUCGACUGGUGA